GUAAAUAUGUCUUUCCUCGUCUGAUCGGCCUUGGAAAUGUAUUUGUUAUCACCUUUCACACAAGUGCAGUAUGUCUCUAGGAGUUUUAAGUAAAGUUAUACUAACAAUAGGUAUAAUAUGUUGUAUAGUUGGUGCUAUAGUUUAUGGAUUAUUUCCGAAUAUUAUCAAAUCCAAAGUAAAACAAAAUUUAGUUAUAAAAGAAGGUACCAGUUCGUAUAAUCACUGGGUAAGUCCAAUAGUUCCCAUUUACAUGAAAAUAUAUUUAUUUAAUGUCACCAAUCCAGACGAGAUUGUUAAGGGUAAAAAAUCUCCAAGAGUCGCAGAAAUGGGACCUUACGUUUAUAGGGAAUAUCGAAAAAAAGAUGUGAUAAGAUGGAGUAAAGAUGAUACUGUCGUAACUUAUCGUGAGAAAAAAGUAUAUUAUUUUCAACCAGAUCUAUCUACUGGUAGUGAAGAUGAUAUAGUCGUAACUGUUAAUAUGCCAAUUGUGGGUAUAGUUCAAUUGGCUUCCGAUAGUAUUCCUACUAUUCUGAAAUCAGUAUCAAUGCCAUUAGUGGAAGGAGUUCUUCGUGGAUUUGGGGAAACACUCUUCAUUAGAAAAACAGUUAAAGAACUUCUUUUCCAAGGCUACAAAGUAGAUCUUGUCGAAAGAAUAGACUCCAUCAUUCGUCCAUUUGUACCCAAUUUCAUACAGUUUCUACCUAAUAACUCUUUUGGUUUACUUUACGGGAAAAAUAAUAGCGACGAAGGAAUAAUGAGUGUUUAUACUGGUGCAAAAGAUAUGAAAAAGUAUCUUUCUUACCACGCCUGGAAUGGCAAGACAUCCUUGCAAUACUGGAAUGGCAAUUACUGCAAUAUGAUAAACGGGACAGACGGAAGAGGAUUUUCUCCGUUCCUAAAACGCUCAGACACGUUAUAUAUUUUUAUCCCCGAUAUUUGCAGAUCGGUACCAUUGAUUUACGAAGACGACGUUAGUAUUAAAGGAAUUACUGCGUAUCGUUAUAUCUUGUCUCCUUCAGCUUUUCAAGAUACAACUUCUAACCCUGACAAUAAGUGUUUCUAUAGACGAAAUGUUCCAAGUAUCAAUGGAAUUUUUCCAGUAUCCGUAUGCCAAAAAGGAAGGCCAGUAUAUGUUUCAUCACCACAUUUCUAUAAGACAGAUGAAAGGAUACGAAAGAAAAUAAAAGGAUUAUCACCUCGUAAAGAAAAACAUCAAACUUUUAUUGAUAUUGAACCGACAAUUGGAACAACAUUUCGCGUAUCUGGAAAGCUACAGUUUAACUUGGAAAUUUUACAAAAUCCGUACAUUAGUUUUUUAAGUUCGGUAUCGGAUAUUAUAAUGCCGGUGUUUUGGUUGGAUCAGACAGGUGAAAUUACAGAAAAUGCUAAAGAUAAAUUUACAUCUCAAGUUACUACGCCCAUGAUUGUGGGACGAGCUGUAUUAAUAUCUGUUAUGGUAUUGGGAGUGAUUUGGAUAUUCGUAUCGGUCGCAGUCAUCUUAUGGAAUAUUUGGAAAAAAGCCAAGCCUAAAGACGGUAAAGUGAUUGACAUGAAUAUGAACAGUGAUACUUCAAACAAAAUGGAAACAAAACCGAAAUUCUACGACAAUCACGGUUCCGUCUUUCCAGAAUGAAAAUCGAAUUUCAUUUAUUUUAGGAAAAUAUAAUAAAACUAAUUACGUCAGCAAAGAUAUAUACGAACAUUCUAGUCACGUUGACAUCGAAAUUUAAGAAAUCGUACUUCUCCCCCAAAAAUAUAUUGAUUUAUUCCAGGAGGUUGGCUUUUAUUAUUAUAAAAGAUGCAAUAUACAAUGUAAUAUUUUUUUUUGUUUUGUUUUCUUAUUUAAUAUUGUUCAACUGCACAUUUUGUUUAUCAAAUAAUAAACAAUCUUCAUAAAAUGUACCAGUAAACAAUUAAGACAAUUUGUGAAAGGAAUGUCUAUCACUUUAGUGCCAAUUAAAGAAGUUUCAUCUUUCUUCAAAUAUAUUUAUUUUAUAGAAAAAAAAAAUAAGUUUUUUUUUCUAUUGUAACUUAUAAAAUUUUAUAUUUUCCAAGUAGUUUUUGUAUAACGUGUAACAUAAAUUGAAAAACUGUUGAUGAAUCUCUGAAAUCCCUCAUUCUUAUGUCAUCACAUGCUGUUCAAAUAAGUUUCUAUGUAACAUAAAAUCCUAAAUUUAAUAUUAUUAUUUGUUGAUUAGCUGUAGAAAAUGAAUUCUUAUUUAAAUUCUUUUGUAUCUUUACAUUCCAAAGGAGAUAAACUGUCAAAUAUAUCAAAAUUAAAUGCUUGUUACAUGACCAGUGAUUAAGAAAAUUGAUUAGAGAUUGAGGGGAAAAAAUAUCUUGCAUAUUAUAGGAUUAUGAAUUUAAACGAGAUAAUGAAUUAAUAAAAACUAUUAAUUUAUUAUCUGUAUAUAA